CAGCUUCCUGUUUGUGCAGCUAGCAGCGAGCUUAGUGACGGACACUGUUUUAAGGAGCUUUGAUGUUGGGAAUUGGCUCCUAGUUCCUAGAAGUACCUCGAAGUACCUUCAGUAUAUCCAGGCUGUGUUUACUGGACUCUAGUGUGUGUCAUCCUGGCAGAGAGCCGGAGUGUUAACAUGACUGUUAUCAGUAGUUAGCUCUGUGUUGGUCCUCAGUCUGUGAGAGUUAUGGUUCAGUAAGGUUAGCUACACAGGAGGCAUGUCAGCACUGAGCUGUAAUGUGCAGAUUCAUAUUAAUGUUUAAUCCAAGCUGUAAAGAUUAUAGUGACAUUAGAGAAACAAGAAGCUCAGUGUGCUAAUUCAUCCUUGGAUGGAUUUACCUCACAUCCAUAGCUCUGGAGACACUACAGGCUAUAAGUUCACCCAGUGAAACCACAGGCUGCUGUGAUGUCGGAGCCUAAGCCCCCUACUCCAACCCCUGGAGACACGUACAAGGGUUGGCUCUUCAAGUGGACUAACUACAUUAAAGGUUACCAGAGACGCUGGUUUGUUCUGAGCAAUGGCUUGCUGUCUUACUACAGGACCCAGGCAGAGAUGGGUCACACAUGCCGAGGCACCAUCAACUUGGCCACAGCCAAUAUUGCUGUGGAGGACUCGUGCAAUUUUGUCAUUUCCAACGGAGGUGCGCAGACCUACCACUUGAAGGCCAGCUCAGAAGUGGAGCGACAACGAUGGAUCACUGCUCUGGAGCUCGCCAAGGCGAAGGCUGUCCACAUGCAGGCUGAAUCUGAUGACUCGGGUGACGAUUGUCCUGCAGCGCCCCCCUCCGCAGGACAGGGUGGAGGCUGCCGUAACUUAGAAAUCCAGUCCACACUGCGCACACUUGGCAGCAAGGUGGAGGACCUCAACACCUGCAAUGAUCUCAUUGUCAAGCAUGGAUCUGCCCUCCAAAGGUCUUUGUCAGAACUGGAGGGGAUUCGUGUCGGAGGAGACAUGGGGGAAAAGAUGAGACAAGUUACAGAGAGAGCCACACUGUUCAGAAUCACCUCCAAUGCCAUGAUUAAUGCAUGUAGAGACUUCCUCUCCCUGGCCCAGAACCACAGUAAGCGCUGGACGAAGGCCUUACAGGUUGAACGGGACCAGAGGAUACGGCUGGAGGAGACUCUGGAGCAGCUGGCCAAACAGCACAAUCACUUGGAAAGAGCUUUCAGAGGAUCUACAGUCCCCUCUUCAUUCAGCAAUCCCACCUUAGGUAACAAAGGUGCCGUUUCAGUAAAAGGUGAUGCCAGUGACGAGGAUGAUGACAAUGAGUUCUUUGACGCUAUGGAAGACCCAGACCAGUUUAUUACUGUCCCUGCUGACCCCAAGUAUCACAGGAGAUCUAACAGCAACCUUAGUGGGCUCAGCAGUGAGACUGGAAUGGACGAUCAGUCAGUAAAUUUUGAUGAGCUGUCUUUGGCAUCCAACCCAGAGUCUCCACAGCCCCUUGAGUUAGAGCCAGUUAGACAAAGACGGACUCGCAUCCCUGACAAGCCCAACUAUUACCUCAAUCUGUGGAGCAUCAUGAAGAACUGUAUUGGAAAGGAGCUCUCAAAGAUACCAAUGCCUGUGAAUUUCAACGAGCCCCUCUCGAUGCUGCAACGUCUAUCCGAAGACCUGGAGUACUACGAGCUGCUGGAUAAGGCUGCUAAAUGUCAGAGCUCUCUAGAGCAGAUGUGUUAUGUGGCCGCGUUCACAGUCUCUUCCUACUCCACCACUGUCCACCGCACAGGAAAACCCUUCAAUCCUCUGCUGGGAGAAACCUUUGAGCUUGAUCGGCUAAAAGAUUGUGGCUACCGCUCCCUCUGCGAACAGGUGAGUCACCACCCACCUGCUGCAGCUCACCAUGCCAUCUCUGAAAAGGGCUGGACCCUCAGACAAGAAAUUACCCUGGCCAGCAAGUUUAGAGGGAAAUAUCUCUCUAUCAUGCCUUUGGGUUCUAUCCAGUGUUUAUUUGAGAAGAGCAACAAUCACUACUCAUGGAAGAAAGUGACUACGACAGUACACAACAUCAUCGUUGGAAAAUUAUGGAUUGACCAGUCAGGGGAGAUAGAUGUGGUGAACCACAAGACAGGAGAUCGCUGCCACCUCAAGUUUGCUCCCUACAGUUACUUCUCCAGAGAUGUACCAAGAAAGGUAACAGGAGUAGUAACAGAUAAGGACGGGAAGGCCCACCACGUGCUAUCGGGAACCUGGGAUGAGAAGAUGGAGUUCUCCAGGGUAAUGCAGAGCAGUAAAGGUGAGAACGGCACUGAAGGCAAACAGAGGACCGUCUAUCAGACCCUCAAAGCCAAAGAAAUCUGGAGAAAGAACCCUUUACCAGAGGGAGCAGAGAACAUGUACUUCUUCUCCUCACUGGCCUUGGCGCUCAAUGAACCCGAAGAGGGAGUGGCGCCAACAGACAGUCGGCGGCGCCCCGACCAGAGGUUAAUGGAGGACGGCCGAUGGGAUGAGGCUAACGCAGAGAAACAGAGGCUGGAAGAGAAACAGCGCAUCGUUCGCCGAGAAAGGGAGAGGGAGGCUGUUAAAGCAGCCAGCUCACCAGAGGAAGCUGUCACUGAGGAUUCAAUCAAUGAUUCACCCUUGAAAACUGAUGCAGUGGAGACUGGCACAGAAGCACAUGAGGUUUCUGAUGAAAGCGCUCAUUCAGACAACUACCAAUCGAUGUGGUUUGAGAAGUUAGACGACCCCGUCUCCGGAGAGACCUUGCAUGUUUACAAGGGCGGUUACUGGGAGACGAAGGACCAAGGCGACUGGGACGCGUGCCCUGACAUCUUCUGAUCCCAGCUGAGUCGGCCUGUCUUCCUCUGUGGUGUACAAACCUUCCGUCAGCUAAAGAGGGGAUUCAAGCCUGACGUCAACCUAUCUUCAAUGUCCGUAGCUUCAGCUGAUCACUCCCACUCAGCUCCCCUUUUCCAGCAGUGAUUUGCUCAGGGUUAAGGGCAUCUGGACUUCAACGUAGAUACAAUGCACAUUGUAGCAUUGUUGUAACAUUGCAGCUGUUUAGUGUUCAGGAUUCCCUCUUACUGCCUCUCAAACACUGAUGUUUAUCUUGAUCCACUGCUUGUUUCUCAGCCCAGGGUUCUUUGGUACACUCUUUGAGUUGCAUUAUGCAUUUUCUUUAAAAGCACUACUAUCAAAGGCAUAAUCCAUUCAGAUGUCAUCUUAUAAUAUACAAGUUUGCUUAGAGAGAGUGAGCUACUACAGAACAUGUAAUUUAUGUGUGUGGUUUUGUUGUUAACUCCUGAUUAUGACUACUUUUGCAAUUAAUUUAUUGCAGCUUCCCCAGCACAGCACCACUGCGAGUCAAAGUUCAAUCAUACCCAAUGUUAACACAGUAAAUAUUCACUAUACCAGUUUCAGACCACAUCAAAUGCAGAGAUGCUUCAAUGGUUCUGACAAAGGAGAGAUAAAUGCUGUUUUGUUUUUUUAAAGAAGUAAUUAAUGGCAUAUGUCAACAAUGAUCUUUGGACUGGUAUAAAAUGAAAAGUGUCACAAACACCAAGACAUGACACAGAGUUUGCCUUUCAAUUUAUAGUAAUUUGUGGUGCUACUUUAUUCCCUGAAGUAAAACAACUCCGGAAGUAUAUUAGUCUUUUUUCAUUUUUUGCCCUCAACUAGUCCGUUUCAAAAUAGGUUUGUGAUUAUUAUUUUUUUAUAUAUAUAUAUUUUUAUUCCCUCAACCGCCCUAUAAAACACAUGGUAGCUGUGAAGAGAUAUGAAAGUAGUUCAUUAGGAUUAUACUACAUUACCGCUCCUCAUAUUUUGGCCCAAUUAAGUCUGUUUUUUUUUAAAACUACCUUUUUUCAUUAUAGAAGAAUAAAAUGUAACGGGGGUUUUUUCUACACGUUUUUCAUUGAGGAAUAUUUCUCUGUGUAGCACAUUAAGUUGAAUAGAAUAUAUGUUCUUUAUUUAAUAUACUAUAUGAAUUGAAAUAGUGGUAUUAAAUGUAUUAGUACCAUGAAAAUAUGAAGUAUUAAAAAAUACCAGUGGCACUAUUGCCUGCAUCGAGGGGAAACUUUCUUUUUUUUUUUUUUUUUUAGUUAGUAAAUUACAUAUACAGUUACUUUACUACACUAUAAAUUGAUCUUGUCCCAUUCUAUACUCUUUAUUCUAACAGACGUUUGCUUUUACAGAGAAAACCCUGUAAUUCUGUCCUGUAGACCCUGAACAACCUGUGAAAAAUCUUAUGUUUUGUGGUACACUAUGACCCCGAACUACGAAGCAAUGUCACAUUCCCCCUGACAUUAUUGAUGGGCAGCAGAUGCAUUUUUUUUUUUGUAAAGGGGCGUGUUCAAGCUAACAUGGAGUGUUAAAUUGCUGUUGACCAGGUUAUUGUGAGUAAGAGCCUUGUAAGAUUAAAUCAUAUUGUGUCUGAGAUUGACUCUAUUUUAUUCUCCACCCAAGUACACUAAUGUUAAACUAUUUUCAUAACUUAAGUUUAUGCCCUCACUAAAACUUGGAUCAAUAAUUUAAAUUCUGCUUUCAAAGUAAAUGUUGAGGCUCACCAUUUGAACAGUUGAUAUUAAUUUAAGAGCAGCAGAGCUGAGCUGUGUGCUGAUUUCUACCGGCUUCAUGAUUAGUGAAGGGAAAUGUGAGGCAAGUGUUUUUGUCUUCCUGGUUUCCUUCAAACAAAAGCUUUAAUCUUGAUGUAGGUUAUUUUAGUCGUGAGUGUAAUUUUUUAACAGACAGCAAUAAGAGUGCCUCAGUGCGUAUACAUGUGGCACAAAAUGAAAUGUGUGAAGUGAGAUCGCUAAAAAUGCAAAAACUGAUUUCUGACAUUGUAUUUGUCUCUGUUCGUUAUUUGAAUGGAAGGACUGUGUGUUUGCUCAAAAAUCUAAAUUUCAUUUUAUAUUCAAGUGUACUUAAAACACUGAAAAUGAAGAUCACAAAACAUAAUGUUGCAAAUAUUUCUGUGUAAAUAUAUUAAAUAGCAAAGUAAUUGUGAUAUUAACUGGUGAUAUUGAUAGAGAAUCUAAUGGCGGUGAUGCACUUUUGCUUUUUUCAUUGUUGUUUACUUAGAACUGGAUGCAUCUUCAUUGUCUGUGUUAUCAUGAGUCCUCUACCAGUUGGAUAGCGUUAUUUUAAAUAUAUUAAUUUGUUUUGGUCUGAAUCAUCCCGUAGUGUGAUUUACUACAUCAUUUAAACACAUGAUGAAGAGUGUGUGUGAGGAAUGUACAGUUUGAUGCUAUCCCAUGUCUCUUAAAUUACACAUUUUACAGGUUUCUGUCUGUUCUCUUUUUCAACAUAUAAUCUUGAUUUUUAGCCCCAUCAUAUCAUGUGUGGUUUUAACUUUUUUUCUGAAAUUUCUACCUUUUUCAUCCCUUUCAUUGUUUCCAGCUAAGAUUGUUUUUGCCCUGCAAUUUCCCACAAUUCUCAAAAACUGACUCAAGGUGUGUCUCUUACACGUACAUUAUUUAUCAUGCCCUACGUGAUUUGACUAUUUGUCAACUUUUGAUGUUGGCUUCUGAAGACUUGUGAGUUUGUUUUGAAAACUUUUCCUAAACCAUGUGCAGUAAUUGUAAACAUGUGUACACUGGUUAAAAUAUGUAUUCUUCUGAGCAUACUUUUAACAUUUUCUGUCCUUCAAUGCAGUUUUGUUUUUUGUUUUUUGCAGGAUUGUGUUAGAGGUUGACAAUAUUAAAGUCUGAAUGGAAAUGAAGUGCA